GGCAUCUUGGAACCUCACGGUACGCGUCGCUUCAUCGUCGACGCCUACCUCAGCGAUAACCGACGAAAAGGAAAGUCGGUGCAAGGACUCCGCUAAGGACGUCGGGGUUGACGGUUCCUUCGGAGGCCGGUAAGAAAUAGCAACGGCGGAACCUGCCGCCCCGCCCGCGUCUGGACGCAUGCUGGAUUUUGGCCUGCUGGGAGGCGAGGGUUUCGGGGGCUUCGGGGCCGGCUUGCUGGGGACGAUUGCAGGCGAGGGCUUCCGCGUCGGAGUCCGCCUGGGCGGGGAUACGGGCGGUGGCCGCGAACUAGCUGCGGCUUGGGAAGUGGCGCGAGUCGUAGUCUUCUCGGGACUGCUCUUCAAUCUCGUUUCGGCGUUGGACGAGUAGGAUGAGGACGGAGUCUUGAAGCACCAGGCGGGCAUCUUAUACACUUGAAGUGAAGUAUCGCUCGCGUGGUCCACCGGCGAAAGCGCACUCAAGCAAAGCCAGGGUAGCUGUGAUUGAUAGAAAGGAGGGCAGGGCGUGAUCUACAGCCAUCAUUGCAGCCAAAGCGGCCCUUUUUAAAGACGUCGGCCACACCCUGUGUCUCAAAGCAAGUCAGAAGCGGGUCAAAGCGUGUGUGGCCCACAUAGAGCACAGGGCCACAGAUGAGCGGAGUUCCCUCCAAGAUGAGGGCCAAAGCGUACGGAUGCUGCGCCAGAUCACGCCGCCGUGAAUGCCGCAUGGCAGACUUGCUUUCUGGUCGGGAAGUUAGAGUAGGAGUGGUCUAUCAGCCAGCAUAGAAACAUAAUAGCUUCAACUCGAUGGCACCAGG